AACCACAACAAAGAUAGAAAGAGAAUGUCUGUUUUUUCCACUGAGUAAAGUAAAGCAGAAGAACAGUCCUAAUAUUCUUUCUCAUUCUUCCAUUUUUUUUUUCCCUUUCCCUUUCUUCUUCAUCUGCAAUUCUCUCUCUUUCUGUUUCUGUUUCUGUUUCUGCAUUUGUAUUUUCUCCUUUCACUUGUCCAGGAAGAAAGGUUUUGGCUUUUGACCCCUAUGAAGGUCUAAUUUUACGUCUCUUGCCACUCAACUGUUGUUAGUUGUUCUUCAGUUCUUUCCUUUCUCUCACUUUACUCUCUUAAAAGCCAAAACCCUUCUCUUCAAUCCAUCUUUCGCUCAUGGGAAAGAAAUGGGUUUUGUCCUAUUUCACCUGUAGAGCUCAGAAAUUGCAUGCGGUGCCACUCAUGUUCGUCAUGUUGUCGUUUUUCAUGCUUUCCGAGUCUGUUGAUAUUGACCCAGAUGACAAAACCUCACUUUUACUGUUCAAGUCAUCGGUUCAGGACCCUAACCGGAGCUUCUCAACUUGGGUUGGCUCUAACUGCACCAACUGGACCGGAAUCACCUGCGACAAUCAGGCGGGCCGUGUGGUUUCAAUCAACUUCACCAACAUGAACUUGUCAGGCCAAUUUCACCCAAAUUUUUGCAGGCUUCAGUUUCUUGAGCAGCUGGUUUUGUCUCAGAACAACUUCACCGGUUCAGUUCCUUUGUGUUUUGGUAAUCUGCAGAAUCUCAAAACUCUUAAUCUUAGUCAUAAUAGGUUUAAUGGUGUUUUGCCUGAUUCUCUCAUGAGGCUUAGCCAGUUGAGAGAACUUGUUUUGAAUGGAAAUAAGGAUUUGGGAGGGAUUAUUCCUUGGUGGAUUGGUAAUUUCUCAACCAAGUUGGAAAAACUUGAUAUGGGUUUUAAUUCAUUUAGAGGGGAAAUUCCUCAGAGGUUGUUGUACUUGGAAUCUUUGAAGCAUUUGGAUCUUGGGAAUAAUGGUUUAUCUGGUAGUCUUCCUGAUUUUCACCAAUCUUUGGUUUUUCUUAAUCUCGAGUCCAAUCAGUUUUCGGGUACUUUGCCUUGUUUCUCUGCUGCAGUUCAGUCUCUUAGCGUUCUGAAGUUAGCUAACAAUUCAAUUGCGGGUGGAUUACCUACAUGUAUUGCUUCACUCACGGCUUUGAAUCACCUAAACCUCUCAUUCAAUCAUUUGACCUAUAAGAUACCUCCUAGACUUGUGUUUUCGGAGAAGCUAUUCAUCUUGGACUUGAGCAACAAUGAUUUUUUUGGUCCUCUUCCAAGCAAGAUUGCUGUCACGACGGAGAAAUCCGGGCUGCUUCUUCUUGACCUGUCUCACAACCGUUUCUCUGGAGAAAUCCCUUUGAAGAUUACCGAACUUAAAAGUUUGCAGGCAUUGUUUCUUUCGCACAAUCUUCUUGUUGGGGAGAUUCCUGCGAGAAUUGGGAACUUGACUUAUCUCCAAGUGAUCGAUUUAUCGCACAAUACCUUGUCAGGAUCGAUUCCAUUGAACAUUGUUGGUUGCUUUCAGCUUCUUGCAUUGAAACUGAACGACAACAAUCUUUCGGGUGAAAUCCAACCAGAGCUCGAUGCAUUGGACAGCUUGAAGAUACUGGACAUCAGCAACAACAAGAUUUCUGGUGAGAUCCCACUCACUUUGGCGGGUUGUAAAUCACUGGAGAUUGUAGAUUUCAGCUCCAACAAUCUCUCUGGAAGUCUAAAUGACGCGAUAACCAAAUGGUCUAACCUCAGGUAUAUCUCCCUGGCCCAUAACAAUUUCAAUGGAGGUCUCCCCAGUUGGUUUUUCACCUUCGAGACGAUCCAAAUGAUGGAUUUGUCGGGCAACAAAUUCUCUGGUUUCAUACCAGAUAGUAACUUCAACAUCAGCUUGAGCUUCAACGACAGAGAGGACAUUGGCAAACUACCUACAGAACCAACUUUCACAAUGCGCAAUCUGGACAGCAAAGUUUCUAUUUUUAUUGCUGGUAGCAGUGAACUACGAUUCAGUUACACUCUAUCGUCAACAGUUGGAAUUGACUUCUCUAGUAAUAUGCUACGUGGGAAAGUUCCAGCAGGUGUGUUUGGAUUGCAGGGCUUGGAAUAUUUGAAUCUAUCAUACAAUUUUCUCAAUGGUCAAGUUUCCAAUUUGGAGAAGAUGAAGAGCUUAAAAGCAUUGGACUUGUCACAUAAUUCUUUGUCAGGUCAGAUCCCAGGAAACAUUUCCAGCCUCCAAGAUCUGACUCUUCUAAAUUUAUCAUAUAACUGUUUCUCUGGUUUUGUUCCAAAGAAGCAAGGAUAUUCAAGGUUUCCAGGGGCAUUUGCCGGAAACCCGGACUUGUGCGUGGAGGCCUCUGGUGGAGGGUGUUACACAGAAGGCCUUCCUAAGGUUCCAGGGAAAGUAUUUGGAGGAGAAAAGGAUGAGGGUCCAAUUUCUAUUUGGGUUUUCUGUUUGAGUACUUUUGUAAGCUUCUACUCUGGGGUUGUGGCUCUAUUUUGCUCUCCUCGAGCCAGAAACUACGUUCUCCAGACAAAAGUUUGAUGCAAUGUUUGCAUGAAAAUAUGAAAAUUGUGAGUUGUAGAUAAACAUUAUUACCCUGUUUGUAAGCAGCCAAGUUUUCUUGCUAAGAUAUGAAUGAAAUUUGAGCCUCCUAGUGAUGGAAGAAUUUGUUUUUCCAUGUUUGCCAAAAAGCUGCUAUUCAUGUUGAAACGCCACUAUAUUACUCA